GAGGCCUAAGUACUACCAGGCAAGCGGGCGACGUCUUUGCUGGGCGCUGCAGUAGCAGCGGAUAGCAGGAAAGUUAAACCUUGCCGGUGCAUAGCUCCUUCCCCUCCGCGUGUAAAUGAGGAGGGCGCUCUGCUUCUUCCAGCUGCGCUUUCCAACAGCGACCCCGCACGUCAUUAGCAGAGCGUCGAGGGGAGGCUGCUAAGAGUCGGGCUGUUCUGGUGGAGGCAGCGGCGGAAUAUAGGAAGGGAGACCGAUGGUCCUCUUCGGCCCCGACUGAGUGGCGUCCGUCGGGCACAGUUAGUGCCUCAGUUGUUUUUCAUUCUUGUCAAAGCAACCCGAACACUGAGAAAUAAGUGGUCGGGUUCCUUUAAGCUAACUCCUGGGUCAAAAAGCGCCUUCCAAUUUUGUUAAGGACCUUGGGUUGCCUCUAGUUACUAUUUAACGGUGAUCUGUAUUCCUUUUAUUAUUGAUUACCAGAAAUAAGAAAAAAAUGAGUGGAGGAUUAGCACCAAGCAAAAGCACAGUUUAUGUCUCUAAUUUGCCCUUUUCAUUGACAAACAAUGACUUGUACAGAAUUUUUUCAAAAUAUGGGAAAGUAGUUAAAGUUACAAUUAUGAAAGACAAAGACACACGAAGAAGUAAAGGAGUUGCAUUUAUUUUGUUCUUGGAUAAAGAGUCAGCACAGAACUGUUCUCGGGCACUUAAUAAUAAACAACUGUUUGGAAGAGUAAUAAAAGCAAGUAUCGCUAUUGAUAAUGGAAGAGCUGCAGAAUUCAUCCGAAGGAGAAAUUACUAUGACAAGUCAAAAUGUUAUGAAUGUGGAGAAAUAGGACAUUUAAGUUAUGCAUGUCCUAAAAACAUGCUAGGAGAGCGUGAACCUCCCAAAAAGAAAGACAAAAAGAAAAGAAAGAAAGUAAUUGAACCAGAAGAAGAAAUAGAAGAAGAAGAAAGUGAAGAUGAGGGUGAAGAUCCUGCACUUGAUAGUCUCAGUCAAGCUAUAGCUUUCCAGCAAGCCAAAAUUGAAGAAGAACAGCAAUGUUCAACUCAAAAUGCUGGGGAGCCUUCCACAUCCGAUUCAAGACGACCACGCAUCAAAAAAAGUGCAUAUUUUAGUGAUGAGGAAGAACUUAGUGACUGAUAUAAAUACUAUGUAAAUAUACUUUAUGAGGUUACUGUUGUUAACCAUGAUCUCACUCUUGUAAUUAAAAUAUAACUUGAAAGCACCA